AUGCAGUCCCAGAACAGCCAGCCGAAGCCAGCGGACAACUUUCACGACUGGACCGCCGAGCUGGGCCAGGAGUCCUCCAUCCACGGCGUACCCUACAUGGCCCGCAGGGAUCUCCACUGGACCGAGCGCCUCUUCUGGAUGGCGAUAGUCUUGGCCUCAACCUAUUACGCCAUUAACAGCUGCCUGGCCCAAUGGGAUCGGUUCCGGGAAAAUCCUAUCGUCUACGAGUAUGAAUAUCUCUUCGCGCUGCGCAACUUUACCUUCUUAGGGGUCACAUUUUGCACCAGCUUUUCGGAUGAGAACUCGAUGGAGCAGGUCAUAAACCAAACUUGGGGAGUGGACCCCAGGCAAGACCCAGAAAAGGCCAAGUACUACAAGGAGUUUCUGCGCGUGCUUAACCACCUUCAAUACAAGACACUGGAAUCUUUAAGGCCUUUCGAGAAUGAUACCAGUCUGGACAACUUGAACUACGUGAGCAUGCUGCUGAAGCUUCAAGAGAAGAUUCUUCCGACUGAAAUCCCUAUUGUCAUGGCGCCGAUCAUAACGGAGGUGGGUUUAUGCCAAACCACCAGCCAGCUAAAUCGGUACGGCAAUCCCUACGGCAAAAUAGAAAACAUGGAAGUUGCGGAAGUGCAAGACUGCGGCUUCUUCAGCGAUUGUCACUUGAUGCACAAGCCAUUCAAUAGCGUUAAGACCCACUUGUUUCUGUACCUGCACGAUGUCAACGAACUUAUGCUACCCGACGAUACACGCACAAUCACUUUUGAUGCCAAGGUCCUAAGCUCCUAUGUUAUCGGCCUGAUGCUUCACUCGAUAUCGGCGGAUAGAGAGGUGAGAAACUUACCGGUGGCAUAUCGCAAGUGUCGCUACAAUGACGAAAAUGAUCUGGAGUACUUCAGUCCAUAUCAUCCGAGCCUGUGUCGACUGGAGUGCCGAAUUAAACAUGCACUGAGCCUGUGCAACUGCAAGCCCUAUUUCUAUGUGGCAGCUCCAGAAGCUCCGGUUUGCAACAUAACCGGAAUGCUAUGCCUGGCCCGCUCAAAGUGGCUGGAAAAACCUUGCGAUUGCUUUCCACUGUGCCGGGAGAACACCUUUAACAUUUUCCAAGAGGAGGAGCAGAGUGGGGGCGAUGAGAGCUACGCGGGCGAGCAAUUCGAGCGGACGUUGAUCAUCAACAUGAAGCUCCCCAAGAUGGGCAUGAAAAGGCGGGUUGUUUUCAGCACGGAUCAAUUGAUAAUGUCGUUCGGCGGAGCUAUCGGCCUCUUUCUCGGUGCCAGCUUCAUGACCAUAUACGGCCUGGUAUACCUAUUCCUAACUUUUGUAGCUUAUAAAUGCAAACACAGCUUAUAUGAAACUUAAUGAAUUUAAUAUGGACACUUAUCUAAACAUUUGGAAAUUCCACCUAACCUAAACUA